AUGACGGCCCAUCAAGAUAUUGAGAACAAGGCACAAGCCGGAAUCUCCUACUUCACCCCCGCCCAAUCCCCCCCCGCCGGCACCGCCCUCCCCAACGGCCACCCUGUCCCCAAACUCUUCCAACCCCUAACCCUUCGCUCCCUCACCCUCCAAAACCGCAUCAUGCUCUCCCCCCUCUGCCAAUACUCGGCCAAAGACGGCCACCACACCGCCUGGCACCUCACGCACCUGGGCGGCAUCCUGCAGCGCGGCCCGGGGUUGACAAUGAUCGAAGCCACCGCCGUCGUCCCCGAGGGUCGGAUCACCCCCGAAGACAGCGGAUUGUGGCAGGAUUCCCAGAUCGAGCCGCUUAAGGCUACGAUUGAGUUCGCGCACUCCCAGGGGCAGAAAAUCGCUAUUCAACUUGCGCAUGCGGGGAGGAAGGCGAGUUGUGUGGCGCCGUGGUUGAGUGCUGGGGCUGUGGCGACGGAGGCUGUCGGGGGGUGGCCGGAAAAUGUGUUGGCGCCGAGUGCUAUCUCCUUUUCUCCAGGGAACUUCCCAGAUCCUAAAGCGAUGACGCUCCAGCAGAUUGAGGAGUUUAAGGUGGCCUUCGUGGCGGCGGCGAAGAGGGCGGUGAAGGCGGGGAUUGAUGUCAUUGAAAUCCAUAACGCGCAUGGUUACCUACUACACGAGUUUUUGUCGCCAGUCAGCAACACCAGGACGGAUAACUAUGGUGGUUCGUUCGAGAAUCGCACCCGUUUGACGCUAGAGUUGGCGAAGUUGGUGAGGGCAGCGAUUCCGGAGGGAAUGCCGCUGUUCAUGCGUAUCUCAGCCUCCGACAACCUCGAACACGCCGAUUUCCCGGGCGAGAGCUGGACGCUCGCCGACUCCGUCAAACUCGCCCCCCUCCUCGCCGAAGCAGGCGUGGAUCUCCUCGACGUCUCGAGCGGCGGGAACCAUCUGGGCCAGAAAAUCGCAGCGGUGCCCGGAUACCAGGCUGAGAUGGCGAAGACGAUUAAGAAGGCUGUUGGGGACAAGAUGGCGGUCGGGGCUGUGGGGUUGAUUAAUAGUGGGAAGUUUGCGGAGGAGAUUUUGCAGGGGAAGGGGCCGGGAGAGGAGACCGCUGAAGGGGUGGAUGCGAUUUUUGUGGGGAGGGGGUUUCAGAGAAAUCCGGGACUGGUGUGGGAUUGGGCUGAUGAGUUGGGGACGGAGAUUCGGGUGGCACAUCAGAUUGGGUGGGGGUUUAAAGGGAGGGGAAUUAAGAAGCAGGAGAAGAAGUUGUAGAGGGGGGGGUCAGAAGUUAGAUAGGGGCAUAGAUCUGAAGAUAGAUGGAUAGAUCUUACUUUUCGGUUCUCAGAUAGAGUAUUAUGGAAGCCUUAUUCCUGCCGCAGACACUUAUAUCAAACGAGACAAGCCUUGCCAGCGA